GGACACAAUUAUAAAAAAAUGCGUAAGAAUGUUCAGAAUUUAUUUUUGUUAGCAUGUAAAUCAGCCUUCUAGCUCACGAGCAGCCUGUGUGGGCGGGGCCUAAUCGUGCAUCCAGACUGGCGUCUCUCUGGCGACGAGUUCGUCACUACGUUUACGCAAAGAAGGGGCCCGUUGCCUUUGCGCCAUGAAUCGCUGGUGUGGUGCACGUCUGGUUAUACAGGAGUAAAGACGGAAGCUGAGAAGGAGGUUUUAAAGGACACUGAUUUGUUUCUUCUCACCUGUGGUUGACUGUGUUCCAGCAGAAUGUCUGCCUCCAGCACACCUACCAGUAAUGAUGCGUGUCUGAGCAUCGUUCACAGCCUCAUGUGUCACCGGCAGGGAGUAGAGAGCGAGUCCUUUGCCAAGAGAGCCAUCGAGAGUUUAGUGAAGAAGCUGAAAGAGAAGAAAGACGAGUUAGACUCUCUGAUCUCUGCCAUCACUACAAAUGGAGCUCACCCUAGUAAAUGUGUGACCAUACAGCGCACGCUGGACGGUAGACUGCAGGUUGCUGGUCGUAAAGGAUUUCCUCACGUCAUAUACGCACGACUGUGGCGAUGGCCGGACCUGCACAAGAAUGAACUCAAGCACGUGAAAUACUGUCAGUUUGCCUUCGACCUGAAGUGUGACAACGUGUGUGUGAACCCGUACCACUACGAGAGGGUCGUGUCUCCCAGCAUCGAUCUGUCCGUGCUUUCUCUGGGAGGACCGGGGCCGAGUGGAGAGCUCAUAGUAAAGGACGAAUUUGAGGGUCAGUCCUCACAUUCUGCUGCUGGCGGAGGACACGGCAUUCAAACCAUCCAGCAUGCUGCCGCCCCCAAUGCCCUGACUGACGCUUUCAACAGCCCCGUCCUCCUGCCUCCGCCUGACUCGGCAAGCUCCGCCUCCACCUUGGCUUUCACCAGUAUGGCUGCCGGUCCACCUAAUGCUCCAAGCUCAUGGCCCAGAGGGAGCAGUUUCCCUCCCAGCAUCCCGCAUCAGAACGGCCACCUACAACAUCACCCACCUCUGCCUCACACGGGCCAGUACUGGUCGGUUCAUAAUGAGCUGGCGUUCCAACCACCCGUAUCCAGCCACCCAGCUCCGGAUUACUGGUGCUCUAUUGCGUAUUUCGAGAUGGACAUUCAGGUGGGCGAGAUGUUUAAAGUGCCCUCCAACUGUCCCGUCGUGACGGUGGACGGUUACGUGGACCCAUCGGGUGGAGAUCGCUUCUGUCUCGGCCAGCUGAGCAACGUUCACCGCACGGAAGCCAUCGAGAGAGCCAGGCUUCAUAUCGGUAAAGGGGUUGAGCUGGAGUGUAAGGGCGAGGGGGACGUGUGGGUUCGCUGUCUCAGUGGUCAUGCUGUGUUUGUUCAGAGUUAUUAUUUGGACCGUGAGGCCGGACGAGCUCCGGGUGAUGCUGUACAUAAAAUUUACCCCAGUGCCUACAUAAAGGUGUUUGAUUUGCGUCAGUGUCAUCGGCAGAUGCAGCAGCAGGCAAGUACGGCUCAGGCUGCGGUGGCUGCGCAGGCGGCUGCGGUGGCAGGGAAUAUUCUGGGUCCAGGAUCAGUGGGGGGCAUCGCUCCUGCUAUCAGUCUGUCUGCUGCGGCGGGCAUUGGUGUGGACGACCUGCGGCGUCUCUGCAUCCUACGCAUGAGUUUCGUGAAGGGCUGGGGUCCGGAUUACCCCCGCCAGGGCAUCAAAGAGACGCCGUGUUGGAUCGAGAUUCAUCUGCAUCGGGCUCUCCAGCUCCUGGAUGAGGUUCUGCACACCAUGCCCAUAGCUGACCCACAACCUCUGGACUGAUGCUAAAACCUUUAUAACUUUCCCCAGUUAUGACCUCUGACCCUACCCAUGACAGAUUUGUCACGCCUCUUUAUAUGCAUCACACUGUUGAAAACCAGCAAUACAACAACACUCUAAUCCCGUUACAUCAGACAGGACUGUUUCUCAAACCACUGCGAAAUGACACUUUAAACACUUAAGACUUUUGUGUUUGAUGUUCAAACAAUCUUGGAAGACUUUUAUAUUGCAUUUCAUCAAGAUUUGUCUUAACAUACAGUGGUGUCACUCCUCUUAAUCAGCUUUCAAUCAUGAAACAUAAGGUCAGUGAAUUUCAGCAUACUGUAAAUAAUUUGUGCGAUGGAUUAUGGAAGUAAAGGGACAAUUUAUGUACAACAGGCGUCACCAUCAGUUUACACAGAAAUUCUUUGCAUUGUGUACAUGGUCAGAAUGUUGUUCUUUGUGUUUUUACUCUUUUACUUUAUUUUUGUAAAGCUAAUGUUCACUUGUUUGUAUCAAAAUGUAUUGUAUGCUUGUACUUUAUGACUGCAUAAGGGCUUUGUCUCAAUAUUAUCAAUCUAUUCUUUGUUUCUUGUGCUGAUUCUCUCAGAGAUCAGACAGAUGGACCUUCAUACAUUAUUAAUGGUGAGCACUGUUAGCACAAAAGGAAAUAUGAAUUCUUAAGAUGCUCCCGAAGGUAUAACGUCUUUGAUGUAGAAUCCCAGCACAGUUGGGAUAGAUCAACCAUCUGUUUUACUGAAUAAACGCCCGUUCACAUUCAAAAACAACAAUUAUUCUAGCAUCCAUCCCAAUGACAAUAACAUGAUGUUUAUUUUUAGCCCUCUAAAUUCAAAUGGAUUUUGAUUGGCUGUCAAUGUUUUAUCGUUCAUGAGCUGGAAAGGGUUCGCUCUGAAAGUGAUCUCAACCAUAUCGUUCUUCUGCAUCUUUGUUAUAGUUGUGGGGUGAACUCUGCUAUUCAUUUCAAUGUAGAAUGAUUUUUUAAAGGGGUCAUAUGACACGGCUAUAAAGAAUAUUAUGGUUUGUUUUAGAUGUAAUGCAAUUUAAUGUUCAAAAACGUUGUAUUUUCCACACACCGUGCAUGUUUGUAUCUCCUCUUUGCACCGCCUCUCUGAAACACGCAGAUUUUGAACAAAGCUCAUGGCUCUGAAAAGCGAGGUGUGCUGUGAUUGGCCAGUUAACCAAUGUGUAGUGAUUGGUGGAAUACUGUAAGCGUGUGAGGGAAAUGUGACGCCUCUGACCAUAUUUGGAACAUAAGGUUCCUCUUCAAUUGUACUGACAGGUACACCACCUUACUUGCGUAUACAUUUGGGCGGUCUUAGUCAAAUCAGACCACCAACUGAUGUAGAUUUGUGGGGGUGUGGCUACACGAGGUGUUUCAGGCAGGUCUGGGUGAGCGUUCGCUUUUACAUAGAACGCAUCUUCUGUUCCCACACUUUCAUUUGUGCAAUUUUGCACGUCUAAUACAUGCAUGAGCAACUUAUAACACACCAAAGACAUAAAAAAAACACGUGUUUGCGCCAUAUGACCCCUUUAAAACCCAAUACUUGAUAUCACGAACGGGUCUCAACUGGUUGUUUGACUAACCCUACAUGUUUUUCUGUAAAUGUUCUCUUUGUGUGACUCUUAUUUUGCAUUUCUUUUACAUUAGUGAUGUUUGUUCAUGUUGUCAUGGAGAUGGAGCGAACUGUAAUAUCCGAUCAUACUGUAUAGAAAAGCAGUAUUAAAUCUAAACGUAUGGAAUGGCAUACUGUACUUUUUGCAGCGUGUAUAGCGAUUUACUGUAUGCAUGGAAUACCCAAAGUGUGUACAGCGUGAAUCAGAACACGUGGAGACGGUCACUGUUCCACAAUGCAAUGCUCCCAGUUGACAUUUCAUUUCCAAUGUUUUGAAUUAUCCUUAAUAUCAAUUUGCUCAGCCUGCUGAAAUGUUUUCACAAACCUGUUUCUAAUUUCCGAGUUUGCUAAAUGCAACAUAAUGAGGUCAUUUAACAACAGUGUGCUAUAGUACCGUUUCAAAUGUUUGUUAUGGCACACACAGACUGUUUACAGUUUAUAUUGGCUGUGUGUGAAACAGAGCGUGGGCUAUUGUACGUGUGCGUGAGUGACAGACGUGUUCAACCUGUUGUUCUGGUGUGACCGAUGCUUAUUUUCCAGACCGUCGUUUCUUCAUGUAUCUGUUAAAACUCUUUAGAUGCAUGUCAUCAUGUAAUAAAGUCUGACAUCACCACAUGACUGUCGCACCAUCCCAGUACUGACAAUACAUGAGAAUCAUUUACGAAACAAAACAGUGUAACUCGAUUAACUGUUGUAUCAGUGUUUGUGUAAUGGCCAGAUUUUUAAACUCUGCUGUUAUUUUCCACUAAAAUAAUGGAGGCGUAAACUUGUUUCAAGUAAUGAUUGGAGA